AUGUCUGACAGCGAUGCCGUUGAGUUACAGCCGAAACGGCUGCCUCCUAGCGCGGAAAAAGGCUCAGAUUGGGAGCCUCUCGUUGAAUCGAAAUCUGGUCUCGAUAUCCCAGGGCGAAGUUCAGUCCAACCUCUUGAACCUUGCUACGUCGAAACGCCUGAAAAUGAGACUCGUUCGAUAAAGAAAAGCUACAGACGCUUCCUCUCACGUAUUCCACGCAUACCCCCUCUUGUUCGCCACUUAGCCUUGGUACACUUACCACCUGUUGCAAUCACCCUCACCGUUCUCUCCUUAUACAUCCGCAAUGAUCGCUGGGACAAUCCCACGGAUAACGCGUUGAACGCCCUUCUGUUUGCAGCCAAGAUUCAUGAGGCUCUAAUCAUAGUAUCAAUCGGAGAUAUGCUAAUGGGACGAAUCAACCACCACCUCUUGAACAAAGGAAACUCACUGCCGCUUGGAUUUCUUCCAUCGCCUUUGCUUCUCAAUUCCCCGUUCUUAUAUCUCAUCAGUUCUGAGCUUUGGGCUCCAAUACGAUAUUCAAAGGGACGACAUGGAGCACAGAAGGUCACAGGCGCCAUGAUCAUUCUGUCCGCUCUCUUGUGUCUCGCUGCAAGCCCUCUAUCCGCCAUCACUAUGAUCCCUCGUCCGGGCUGGCAGGAACUCCCUUAUAGUCCUGUACCCAGAGUUGAGAAAAACAAAUACACUCCUGGUACUCUGUAUAACACUAAUUUAGACGCGGAGGACAUUCCAGCUCUCAACUAUACCCGAUAUUCACAAUGGUUCACGAGACCCAGCCAAAAGUCGAUUUUGGAAACCACUAUCACGACAGACACUUCUUUUACCGAACUUGUUCCUUACACCAAUGUAACAUAUUCGAAUUAUGAAGCAACACGUCGCCCUAUAUCGUACAAAAAGACUCCCUCCUAUGGAACGGUUGCGACAUGUCCACUGAGCAUCGUAGCUCGUAACAUUGGGACCCUCCGCUACGGGGCCGACAGAUAUCUUGAGUUGAUCACAGCCAGGAACAACGUAAAUGGAUCUUCUACACUUAGCAAAUGGAAACAACCGCUUGUUAUCACAAAAUGCUCUUCAUCCACGAUUGUAGAUGGUGUCGCGAGGUUCUCCUUUGGCCCUCCAUUCUUCAAAGAAACUGCGGAGCGCUUCCAACAUGUGAAGAUACCUUUGGCGAAACACCCCUGGCUACUCAACCUCAACACAACAGAAAACUUGAGUACCUCAGCCGAUCCUCUGGGAUACAGCUUCCUCAAUAUAAAAGAUGAGGUGAAGCUGCCGAUCAGCGCCGAUAUCAUGUUUGCAACGGUUAUGAAUGAAACCGUCGAUUCUAUGAAAGGCACACUCCCGCUACGGCCUUCAGCCGUCCAAUUUACUUUAUGUCUCGUGUCAGCGCUAUGGACUGAAGCAGAUGUUUGGCUUGAGCCCCAAAGAUCCAAAGAUGCUCUGAGCCAUCUCAGCUUCGCCAAUGGAGAAGAGGUGGCUCGAAUCGCGGAGUCUUUCGGCACUCGAGAUUUCAUAAACAUACACGAAGAUUGGAUGACUGGGAUAGGUUCUGUGCCAACUACAUCUACAAACAUGUCAUCUUAUGACGAGGCCCUAAGGUUCUGCCUCGCAGCUACACCAUACGGAAUUUGGGAGCCAAGUAAAGGUUGCGUUGAAACCUUUCUUUCGAUGCAUAUUACAGAUGCACUAGCGGAACUUGGUGAUUGGCAAGAGAACAUACCCCUUGAUUCCCCUGGUGAUGAAGGUCUUAAUAAUUCAGUUAUCUACACAAACUAUGUAUAUGCAUACUCGUAUAAGUUGGGAGGUAGUAUUGGAAUACCUAUAGCGUUUUCAAUUCUUCUCCUCCAUAUUCUUAUCGUCCUGGUCUAUAUCCCGCUAGUGUUCUGGUCGGGGCAUCUACGGCACAAAUCAGGGUGGAAUAGCUUGGGGGAUUUGCUGGUGCUUACACUGUGCUCCGACGUUGAUGUGGACUGGACGGAAGGCAAAGCUUCUCAAAAUUGGAUAAAGCGUGUGGCAAUCAGGGAGCUAGGUGAUGAAGGCCGGAAUGGUAUGAUUGUGAGGGACAUUGGCAACAAUGUUGACUGA